UCUCGUGCUGCCCGUGUCUGGACAGCGAUCUCUUCUGCUGUUUGGAUACAGCUCUCUUCUCCCCUCCUCCUUUGUUAGUCCCCUGGUCUGCCGUCUCCGUUGGGGGCAUGUAUGCGAGUUCUCUUUCUGAUUGCCAGAAAUUUCUUUUCCACGGUGUGAGCAGGAGACAGAUUUUUUUUUAAUUGUCUCUCUUCUAUUUUAUUUAUUUUGUUCUCCGUUUCUGUCCCUCACCUCCGCCUGCCUUCCUUCCCCGUCCCUUCUGUGGAUUCUUCCUUCCCCCUGCAAUUUCACCAUCUCUCCGCCCCCGUCUUCGCCCUCCCUCCUCCACCCCGUUGCUCUUUUAAAAUAAUUCAAUGAUGUCUCGGAAAUACUAGCACACCCUCUUCAUUCAGCUGAGCGCGGGACUCUGCAUUAAUUCAAGGUACAAGUAAAGGAUGGAAGGCAACCCAGGGCAGGCAGCCCCUACCACCUUUACACUGGAGGCACCCAAGCCCUGGAACCUGGAACCCACUCAACCAUGAGCAAUGUUCUGUGAUGCUGCCGGAGAUGCGUGGACUGAGCUCAGACCGCAGGCUGCCCGAGCCCGCCCUCUGCCCGGCUGCAGGGAGCCCUGAGCCCGUGGCCGCGGGCCGCCGCCGACGCCACGUGCUGGCCCUGCCAGAGGAGGAGGCAUGGCGGCCCCAGCAAUGCACCCUGCUCGAGGCCGAGGCCUCAGAAGAGGUGGGCAUGCUGCCAGCCUCCCCGCGUGCCGCCUCCGGCUUCGGCUUCGACAACUUCUUCCCGGUGCAGGAGGGCGAGGGCCCGGGCUGGGAGGGCGCUGUGGCGCUGGAGGCGGGCUCCAGCCCCUUCCUCCCGGUGAGCCCCGAGGUCAUGAAGCGGCGGCGCGGGGGCCUCAUCGAGCAGCGGGACAUCAUCAAGGCCCACGAGGCACACAAGAUGCAGAGCACUCCGCAGGCCCGGCGGAAGGAAUGGGAGAUGGCUCGCUUCGGGGAGGCGGUGGUCGCCAGGCCGGGGUCGGGCGAUGGAGACUCGGACCAGAGCAGGAACCGGCAAGGAACCCCCGUGCCGGCCUCGGGGCAGGCGGCCGCCUACAAGCAGACGAAAGCGCAGAGGGCGCGGACUAUGGCUUUGUACAACCCCAUUCCCGUCCGGCAGAACUGUUUCACCGUCAACAGAUCCCUGUUCAUCUUCGGAGAAGAUAACAUUGUCAGGAAAUAUGCCAAGAAGCUCAUCGAUUGGCCGCCGUUUGAGUACAUGAUUCUGGCCACCAUCAUCGCCAACUGCAUAGUCCUCGCUCUGGAGCAGCAUCUUCCUGAGGAUGACAAGACCCCCAUGUCCCGAAGACUGGAGAAGACAGAACCUUAUUUCAUUGGGAUAUUUUGCUUUGAAGCUGGGAUCAAAAUUGUAGCCUUGGGGUUCAUCUUCCAUAAGGGCUCGUACCUGCGCAAUGGCUGGAAUGUCAUGGACUUCAUUGUGGUCCUCAGUGGCAUCCUGGCCACUGCGGGAACCCACUUCAACACUCAUGUGGACCUGAGGACCCUCCGGGCUGUGCGUGUCCUGCGGCCCUUGAAGCUCGUGUCAGGGAUACCUAGCCUGCAGAUUGUGUUGAAGUCCAUCAUGAAGGCCAUGGUCCCUCUUCUGCAGAUUGGCCUUCUGCUCUUCUUUGCCAUCCUGAUGUUCGCUAUCAUCGGCCUGGAGUUCUACAGCGGGAAGUUACACCGAGCAUGCUUCAUGAACAAUUCAGGUAUUCUAGAAGGAUUUGACCCCCCUCACCCAUGUGGCGUGCAGGGCUGCCCUGCUGGUUAUGAAUGCAAGGACUGGAUUGGCCCCAAUGAUGGGAUCACCCAGUUUGAUAACAUCCUCUUUGCUGUGCUGACUGUCUUCCAGUGCAUCACCAUGGAAGGGUGGACCACCGUGCUGUACAAUACCAAUGAUGCCUUAGGAGCCACCUGGAAUUGGCUGUACUUCAUCCCCCUCAUCAUCAUCGGAUCCUUCUUUGUUCUCAACCUAGUCCUGGGAGUGCUUUCCGGGGAAUUUGCCAAAGAGAGAGAGAGAGUGGAAAACCGAAGGGCUUUCAUGAAGCUGCGGCGCCAGCAGCAGAUUGAACGGGAGCUGAAUGGCUACCGGGCCUGGAUAGACAAAGCAGAGGAAGUCAUGCUCGCUGAAGAAAAUAAAAAUGCUGGAACAUCCGCCUUAGAAGUGCUUCGAAGGGCAACCAUCAAAAGGAGCCGGACAGAGGCCAUGACCCGAGACUCCAGUGAUGAGCACUGUGUUGAUAUCUCCUCUGUGGGCACACCUUUGGCUCGAGCCAGUAUCAAAAGUACAAAGGUAGAUGGGGUCUCUUAUUUCCGGCACAAGGAAAGGCUUCUGCGCAUCUCCAUUCGCCACAUGGUUAAAUCCCAGGUGUUUUACUGGAUUGUGCUGAGCCUUGUGGCACUCAACACUGCCUGUGUGGCCAUCGUCCAUCACAACCAGCCCCAGUGGCUCACCCACCUCCUCUACUAUGCAGAAUUUCUGUUUCUGGGACUCUUCCUCUUGGAGAUGUCCCUGAAGAUGUAUGGCAUGGGGCCUCGCCUUUAUUUUCACUCUUCAUUCAACUGCUUUGAUUUUGGGGUCACAGUGGGCAGUAUCUUUGAAGUGGUCUGGGCAAUCUUCAGACCUGGUACAUCUUUUGGAAUCAGUGUCUUGCGAGCCCUCCGGCUUCUAAGAAUAUUUAAAAUAACCAAGUAUUGGGCUUCCCUACGGAAUUUGGUGGUCUCCUUGAUGAGCUCCAUGAAGUCUAUCAUCAGUUUACUUUUCCUCCUCUUCCUCUUCAUCGUUGUCUUUGCUCUCCUGGGAAUGCAGUUAUUUGGAGGCAGGUUUAACUUUAAUGAUGGGACUCCUUCAGCAAACUUUGACACCUUCCCUGCAGCCAUCAUGACCGUGUUCCAGAUCCUGACAGGUGAGGACUGGAACGAGGUGAUGUACAAUGGGAUCCGCUCCCAGGGCGGGGUCAGCUCAGGCAUGUGGUCUGCCAUCUACUUCAUUGUGCUCACCUUGUUUGGCAACUACACGCUACUGAAUGUGUUCUUGGCUAUCGCUGUGGAUAAUCUGGCCAACGCCCAGGAGCUGACCAAGGAUGAACAGGAGGAAGAAGAGGCCUUCAACCAGAAACAUGCACUGCAGAAGGCCAAGGAGGUCAGCCCGAUGUCUGCACCCAACAUGCCUUCGAUCGAAAGAGACAGAAGGAGAAGACACCACAUGUCGAUGUGGGAGCCACGCAGCAGCCACCUGAGGGAGCGGAGGCGCCGGCACCACAUGUCGGUGUGGGAGCAGCGCACCAGCCAGCUGAGGAAGCAUAUGCAGAUGUCCAGCCAGGAGGCCCUCAACAGGGAAGAGGCGCCGCCCAUGAACCCGCUCAACCCCCUCAAUCCACUCAGCCCCCUCAACCCACUCAACGCCCACCCCAGCCUUUAUCGGAGACCCAGGGCCAUCGAGGGCCUGGCCCUGGGCCUGGCCCUGGAGAAGUUCGAUGAGGAGCGCAUCAGCCGUGGCGGGUCCCUCAAGGGGGAGGGAGGGGACCGAUCCAGUACCCUGGACAACCAGAGGACCCCCUUGUCCCUGGGCCAGCGGGAGCUGCCAUGGCUGCCCAGGUCCUGUCAUGGGAACUGUGACCCGACUCAGCAGGAGGCUGGGGGAGGAGAGGCUGUGGUGACCUUUGAGGACCGGGCCAGGCACAGGCAGAGCCAGCGGCGCAGCCGGCAUCGCCGCGUCAGGACGGAAGGCAAGGAGUCCUCCUCAGCCUCCCGGAGCAGGUCUGCCAGCCAGGAACGCAGUCUGGAUGAAGCCGUGCCCGCUGAAGGGGAGAAGGAGCACGAGCUGAGGGGCAACCACAGUGCCAAGGAACCGACGAUCCAAGAAGAGAGAGCUCAGGAUUUAAGGAGGACCAACAGUCUGAUGUUGUCCAGGGGCUCUGGGCUGGCAGGAGCCCUUGAUGAGGCAAACACCCCCCUAGUCCUGCCCCAUCCUGAGCUGGAAGUGGGGAAGGACGCGGUGCUGACAGAGCAGGAGCCCGAAGGCAGCAGUGAACAGGCCCUGCUUGGGGACGUACAGCUAGACAUGGGCCGGGUUAUCAGCCACAGCGAGCCCGACCUCUCCUGCAUCACGGCCAACACGGACAAGGCCAUCACCGAGAGCACCAGUGUCACCGUCGCCAUCCCUGAUGUGGGCCCCUUGGUGGACUCAACCGUGGUGCACAUUAGCAACAAGACGGAUGGGGAAGCCAGCCCCUUGAAGGAGGCAGAGAUCAGAGAUGAUGAGGAGGAGGUGGAGAACAAGAAGCAGAAGAAGGAGAAACGUGAGACGGGCAAAGCCAUGGUGCCCCACAGCUCCAUGUUCAUCUUCAGCACCACCAACCCGAUCCGGAGGGCCUGCCACUACAUAGUGAACCUGCGCUACUUUGAGAUGUGCAUCCUCCUGGUGAUCGCGGCCAGCAGCAUCGCCCUGGCGGCAGAGGACCCUGUCCUGACCAACUCGGAGCGCAACAAAGUCCUGCGGUAUUUUGACUAUGUGUUCACGGGCGUGUUCACCUUUGAGAUGGUUAUAAAGAUGAUAGACCAAGGCUUGAUCCUGCAAGACGGGUCCUACUUCCGAGACCUGUGGAACAUACUGGACUUUGUGGUGGUAGUUGGCGCAUUGGUGGCCUUUGCUCUGGCGAACGCUUUGGGAACCAACAAAGGACGGGACAUCAAGACCAUCAAGUCUCUGCGGGUGCUCCGAGUUCUAAGGCCACUGAAAACCAUCAAGCGUUUGCCCAAGCUCAAGGCCGUCUUCGACUGCGUGGUGACCUCCUUGAAGAAUGUCUUCAACAUCCUCAUUGUCUACAAGCUCUUCAUGUUCAUCUUUGCUGUCAUCGCAGUCCAGCUCUUCAAGGGAAAGUUCUUUUAUUGCACGGACAGUUCCAAGGACACAGAGAAGGAGUGCAUAGGCAACUACGUAGAUCAUGAGAAAAAUAAGAUGGAGGUGAAGGGCCGGGAAUGGAAGCGCCACGAAUUCCACUAUGACAACAUCAUCUGGGCCCUGCUGACCCUCUUCACCGUCUCCACGGGGGAAGGAUGGCCUCAAGUUCUGCAGCACUCCGUAGAUGUGACGGAGGAAGACCGAGGCCCGAGCCGCAGCAACCGCAUGGAGAUGUCCAUCUUUUAUGUGGUCUACUUUGUGGUCUUCCCUUUCUUCUUUGUCAAUAUCUUUGUGGCUCUCAUCAUCAUCACCUUCCAGGAGCAAGGGGAUAAGAUGAUGGAGGAGUGCAGCCUGGAGAAGAACGAGAGGGCGUGCAUCGACUUCGCCAUCAGUGCCAAACCUCUCACCCGCUACAUGCCGCAGAACAGGCACACCUUCCAGUACCGCGUGUGGCACUUUGUGGUGUCUCCGUCCUUCGAGUACACCAUUAUGGCCAUGAUCGCUUUGAACACUGUCGUGCUGAUGAUGAAGUAUUACUCUGCUCCUUGUACCUAUGAGCUGGCCCUGAAGUACCUGAAUAUUGCCUUCACCAUGGUGUUUUCCCUGGAAUGCGUCCUGAAGGUCAUUGCUUUUGGCUUUUUGAACUAUUUCCGAGACACCUGGAAUAUCUUCGACUUCAUCACCGUGAUUGGCAGUAUCACAGAAAUUAUCCUGACAGACAGCAAGCUGGUGAACACCAGUGGCUUCAAUAUGAGUUUUCUGAAGCUCUUCCGAGCAGCUCGCCUCAUAAAGCUCCUGCGUCAGGGCUAUACCAUACGCAUUUUGCUGUGGACCUUUGUGCAGUCCUUUAAGGCCCUCCCUUAUGUCUGCCUUUUAAUUGCUAUGCUUUUCUUCAUUUAUGCCAUCAUUGGGAUGCAGGUAUUUGGAAACAUAAAAUUAGAUGAGGAGAGUCACAUCAACCGGCACAACAACUUCCGGAGUUUCUUUGGGUCCCUAAUGCUACUGUUCAGGAGCGCCACAGGUGAGGCCUGGCAGGAGAUCAUGCUGUCCUGCCUUGGGGAGAAGGGCUGUGAGCCUGACACCACCGCACCAUCAGGGCAGAACGAGAACGAGCGCUGUGGCACCGAUCUGGCCUACGUGUACUUUGUCUCCUUCAUCUUCUUCUGCUCCUUCUUGAUGCUCAACCUAUUCGUGGCCGUCAUCAUGGACAACUUUGAGUACCUGACUCGGGACUCCUCCAUCCUGGGGCCUCACCACUUGGAUGAGUUCGUCCGCGUCUGGGCAGAAUAUGACCGAGCAGCAUGUGGCCGCAUCCAUUACACUGAGAUGUAUGAAAUGCUGACUCUCAUGUCACCUCCGCUAGGCCUCGGCAAGAGAUGUCCCUCCAAAGUGGCAUAUAAGAGGCUGGUCCUGAUGAACAUGCCAGUAGCUGAGGACAUGACAGUUCACUUCACCUCCACGCUUAUGGCUCUGAUCCGGACAGCUCUGGACAUUAAAAUUGCCAAAGGUGGUGCAGAUAGGCAGCAGCUAGACUCAGAGCUACAGAAGGAGACCCUAGCCAUCUGGCCUCACCUAUCCCAGAAGAUGCUGGAUCUGCUUGUGCCCAUGCCCAAAGCCUCUGACCUGACUGUGGGCAAAAUCUAUGCAGCAAUGAUGAUCAUGGACUACUAUAAGCAGAGUAAGGUGAAGAAGCAGAGGCAGCAGCUGGAGGAACAGAAAAAUGCCCCCAUGUUCCAGCGCAUGGAGCCCUCAUCUCUGCCUCAGGAGAUUAUUGCUAAUGCCAAAGCCCUGCCUUACCUCCAGCAGGACACCGUUUCAGGCCUGAGUGGCAGGACUGGAUAUCCUUCGAUGAGUCCACUUUCUCCCCAGGAGAUAUUCCAGUUGGCUUGUAUGGACCCUGCCGAUGAUGGACAGUUCCAGGAACAGCAGUCUCUGGAGCCAGAGGUUAGUGAAUUUAAAAGCGUGCAGCCCGCUAACCAUGGCAUCUACCUUCCUUCGGACACCCAGGAGCAUGCGGGAUCUGGGAGGGCGUCUUCUAUGCCACGUCUGACUGUGGAUCCCCAGGUGGUGACAGACCCUAGCUCCAUGAGACGUUCCUUUUCCACUAUUCGGGAUAAGCGUUCAAAUUCCUCGUGGUUGGAGGAAUUCUCCAUGGAGCGAAGCAGUGAAAAUACCUACAAGUCCCGUCGCCGGAGUUACCACUCCUCCCUGCGGCUGUCAGCCCACCGCCUGAACUCUGAUUCAGGCCAUAAGUCUGACACUCACCGCUCAGGGGGCAGGGAGAGGGGACGAUCAAAAGAGCGAAAGCAUCUUCUUUCUCCUGAUGUCUCCCGCUGCAAUUCAGAGGAGCGAGGGACCCAGGCUGACUGGGAGUCCCCAGAGCGCCGUCAAUCCAGGUCACCCAGUGAGGGCAGGUCACAGACGCCCAACCAACAGGGCACAGGUUCCCUAAGUGAGAGCUCCAUCCCCUCUGUCUCUGACACCAGCACUCCAAGAAGAAGUCGCAGGCAGCUCCCGCCCGUCCCACCAAAGCCCCGGCCCCUCCUUUCCUACAGCUCCCUGAUUCGACAUGCGGGCAGCAUCUCUCCGCCUGCUGAUGGAAGCCAGGAGGGCUCCCCGCUGACCUCCCAAGCCCUGGAGAGCAACAACGCUUGCCUGACCGAGUCUUCUAACUCCCCGCACCCCCAGCAGGGCCAACACAUCUCCCCACAGCGCUACAUCUCUGAGCCCUACUUGGCCCAGCAUGAAGACUCCCACGCUUCAGACUGUGGCGAGGAGGAGACGCUCACUUUCGAAGCAGCUGUGGCUACUAGCCUGGGCCGUUCCAACACCAUCGGCUCUGCCCCACCCCUGCGGCACAGCUGGCAGAUGCCCAACGGGCACUAUCGGCGGCGGAGGCGCGGGGGGCCUGGGUCAGGCAUGAUGUGUGGGGCUGUCAACAACCUGCUGAGUGACACGGAAGAAGACGACAAAUGCUAGAGGCUGCUCCCCCCUCCGAUGCAUGCUCUUCUGUCACAUGGAGGAAACCAAGACAGAAUUGGGAAGCCAGUGCAGCCCGGGGGGGAGGAAGAGGGAAAAGGAAGAUGGAAGGACACCAUACAUUAUCAGAGAAGAGGAAGUAAAGAACAAUCGGAACACCAGUCAAACCCACCAACUUGCUUUGUUCCCCUUUGCAAGAUGGGCACUGCCAUAGUUCUGCCUCUUUGCUGGGGAAAGAAAACACAGGAAUGUGGAGGGUUAUUCCUGUGGGGGAAAGACAGGAGGAUGGCUUUGCUUCCCUUUGCCCCUUCCCACUCUUCUAAAAGCCGUGGAGGGAUCUAGCUGGCCUACGUCUACACUCAGUGCCCUGAGAAGCCCGGAAGACUUUCUGGCUCUUAAGUGGGGAGUAGUGGAGACCAUAGGAGAGGGCUCUCCUCCCUCACCAGCUCUUACGCCUCACCCAGUACCACUGCCACCGGGGCAAUGGCAGCAGCAUCUCAUGCAUUACCCUGUGGCUUGCUUCUGCCAGGGCGGCACAGGCUAAGUCAGGAACAACGGAUGCCAGGGAGGGAGGAGAAAGCCGAAGCGAAAAGGGUCAGGGUGCUGAGGCAACAGCAGCAAGGGCUGGUCUGGGUGAGAAAAGCCAUAGCCUGGCAGCCCCUACCGUGAGGGAGACGGUCAGAGAAACAGAACGGGUGGCGCGGGCGGUGUAGCCCCAUCCUGAGGCCUGUCACCCACACAGCAAGGGCUGAGUAUCAGGACAGGUCAGGAAGUCCCCCAGGGUCCACAAGGUGCCUGAGGCUCUGGUAAGGGUGAAGGUAAAAGUAUUGAACAACCGCUCUGGCAUCAGUGGAAGUAGAGUUUGGUCCUAGCGCUGGAUCCCAUGCUGGUCAGCAGGGAACCCUGGGGUGGGGGUAGAGUAGCAGGGGCCACCUAAGGGACUCAAAACAGAGUCUGUUUUCCAACCAGUAUAGAAGCAAUCAAAUAUGUGUAACUGUGCUACAGCCACACCAGCACAUCGUGGCUGAACAUCAGCCCGCUCUGGUCCAUGAGGCAGCAAGGCCAGUGCUGUAAGGCCAAGUGAAAAGGUCUAGCCUUUCCUGCCACUCCCCCGAGAGGGGAGAACACACAUAUCCAAGUAGGCUAUCCACCACUGGGUGGGGACUUCUGUAAAGAUGGGAAAGGCUGAUAGACUGAAAUAAGCUUCUGUGAAAUUCUGGAAUUACUGAGGACCUCCCUUGAGGAGGGACCAUUGGGACCGAAACUUCUGCAGCUGGUGUGGGGUUCAGGUCAUUUCGUCAGGAUGCUUUAAGGUGAUUAGUAAAUAUACCUCAGCUUAGACCUGGGCUGCUGCUCCAGUGGGGCCUCAUCACGCAGUAGGACAAGACUGGGGCCCUGGUCACCUUGAAUAUUCCCCUGAGCCAAAAAGGGACUUCACCCCUCCCCAGAGUAAGAGCUGGAGCAGACAGUCCCACCCUGUCAUUCCUAACUGCCCAAACGCAGAAGCACUGAGCAAGAGAGCCCUUUCUUGCCAAGCCAGUGCUCUUGUGGCAUGUCCCCUCCAAUGGAGCUAUAUGCCAUAUAUCACUGGCUUUAAGUGGUGGAAAUGUACCUUCCCCUUAAGUCCUUUGUUAGUGCCAUCACAGCAGGUGAACGGGUGCCCGACAGGGCCCUCCUUUCCCCACCAGGACAGUUGGAGCCUCCCACCCAGGAUCCUGAGGACCCCUGCACUGAGCACUCAGUGGAUAAACACCCCUCCAGCCCAGACACAAUCCUCCUGUCGGGCAGGAGCAAUCCAGAGCUGUUAUUUUUCUUGUAAGGAGCCUAUUUUUCCCUAUUUUUUAAUUGAAAUAUAAAUAAGGCAUAGCUGCAUCAACCCUGAAAAGCCAAAUUCAACCACAUGGCUGGAAAAUUUGUCAUGGCCCUGCCUUCUCUUACAAAAUUGAUGGAGCUUCAUGACCCACAGUCCGUCCCCAAACCAAAGCUGUCCCAACACAGGAGGCCAAGGAGGCAGAGACCAAGCUCUCCCACCCUCAAACCCUCUUUCAUCUUCAUUUUCCUCUCCUACUUAGCACCUGCGUGCUUGAGGGUGGCUGGGAAUGCGACAUACGACACCCUGAUCCUAAUAGGUGUGAUCCUUACCUAACACCGACGCUGGGCCUUGUAUUGUUUUUCAAGUUUCCUCUGCUCAGCGUCAUUUCAUGCCAAAGUGCUGCUAUGGGCUGCUUUGUGUGCACAGAAUUGCUUUUCCCACCUUGGAAAUGCACCUUUCCCUAGGGGAAGGCCUACAACAGGACUGACCAUUCUGAGCCCGUGAGUCUAUCGCAUGGUGUUUUGAGAAAGGGAAGUGUAGUGUGUACCUUGUGCCAUUUCAACAGUAGGAGAAAUGUAGGCUGGCAGAGCAGUUCCCAGAAAUGGAAUUUGCCUGCAAAUAGUAUAAACACUAAAUUUACUGUGCCAGGAAACCUUCCUGAACUCCUUGAACUCAUACACACAAGUAUUUGAGUCCUCAAUAAAGUGUUGGAAAGCACUGCAGAUGCGGUCACCUGACUGACCACCUGCUUUUUCUUUUGCCAGUGGAUUUCUUUUAUGCACCUUCCCUUGACCAAGAAAUUGGGUUUCUUUCCCCUUACCCUGCACUUACUCUUCUAUUAAGACCAGAAAAUAAAAUAAUUUUCUGUUGAGUCACAAACUCAUUUUCAUCAUCUCGUUUGCUUUUCUGCUGCCUCUGAACAAAGCGAAUGCCAGCUUUCCCUUGCUAGAGUCAGAAUCUGCCUCUUCUCUUUCCCUUGAAAAGAGGCUCUCUAGACCCCAAAACCUAUUCUUUUCUCUGGUUAAAAAUCACAGCAGUAUCUUGAGAAGCUCCAUGCAAAAAAAGACUACAACCAGCGUUACCACAAGAUCAAAUUUGGGCACUGGCGGUCCCCUCAGAAGACUCGAGUCAUAUGUUUAGUUUCUCUCGCUAAUGAUGUAUUCACCCUCUCCUCAAAGAGUGAAGACAAGAGGAAGGUAGGAGGAGGAGGAAAGAAAACCAAGGCAGAGGGAUGUUCGAAAUAGGUUUGCAUUUAGAUGCUCCUCUUUUCACCUGAGGCUCCAGACAGACUGCAGGUAGGGAAUGCAUGUCUGUCUCUUUCUCUGGCUCCCCAUCUCCUAGAGGACAGAGUGCCAGUGACCAUUGGACAGGGGUAGGGCUCCAGCCAAGGUGCCCCUGAGCCAGGGUCAGCAUAGAAUUUCUGGCCCCGUGAAGGGCUCACCCCCUCUAGCAUCCCAUUGGCUCCACCUGAGUCAUGAACACAAUUAUCCGUGGGGGUCUGUGCUGCUCUUCUAGCUAAAGAACCUUUUCUUAUUCUGGGCUUCACUUGUAGUCCCUACUUAGCGUCUCUGUAGGGCACUGAGAUCACCAAGACCAUUGCCCAGAAACUGAACUCCAGAUGUUCUAGAUUUUGACUUGGGGGCCACAAAGAGAAGACCCCAUAAUCCGCCUCUCAGCCAGUAUGUCCCUUCCCUGCACAGACUCCUGCCACCCCCAUAGAGCCUAUGCGGUGAGCAUGAGGGUCUUCUUACCUCUGUUCUCCCAUCCCAGCCUCUGUUUUGCUGCACGUUAGCACUGAUCCAACUCCUGAGAUGGUUAAUUCUACGCAACCCAAGCUUACUUGCUUGCCUGACUGACUCUACCACUCUCGGCUAUUGCGGAAUGUUGCGUUCUAAUGAAAUAAGGUUUGGAACUUACCUGGUGCUCUUCGCAAGAUGACUGAAACAAGACGUAGGGUGUCGGGGUGGACACAAGGCCCACUCUGGAUGAAAGCUCACUCCAGGGCAAGGAGGUCUCUCCUGGCAUAAUGGAACAAAAAUAUCAAUUUUGAUUUUUAAAAAUUUUUCAUUACAUCCUAUUUCUCAAGCCUUCUGGAUGUUUCAUUCUUGGACAGAGUGUUUCUUCAGUGGGUGGGGCCAAGGACAGGUUGAGAGAUUGAUAGCUCACUUAUAAGAUAUAAAUAUUACGAGGUUGUAUGCAAAGAAAGGGCAAACGUCUAGCAGAAGGGGAGCAGACAGCUACCUUUCAGGGAUUUUGAGACUUGAAGGUUAAGGAAUUUUUACUGCUAUUUUUGUUCAUUCGUUUCAUGUCUGUUAUGUUUUGAGACCCUCAGAGACCUAGGGCUAGUGUGGCCAAGAAUCCUGGUGAGAGGCAUUUGCAUGCCUUGGGGUGAACUCUUCCCCUCUAGCUCUGUCACCCAGCUUGCAAGUCCUUCCCUCACAGAUCCCAGAGCAAUGGGCACUGUCCAGGAGGUGCAGGAGAGGACCUUAUGACACUGGAAAGAAGGAAGAUGUAGGUCCCUUGCAAGUGGCCAGAAAGGGCAUGAUGGUUUGACUCCAGAAAGAGUCUCUAUAGAAUCAGGUUCAGGUUCGAAUAAUUUUUCUUUAAAAUAUUUUCACACUGAGACUUUCAUUUAAAAAAAUCGAAACAAAAUUAACUCAGGGCUUAUGACUUCUUAACCUUUGUGUGAAGGUGGUGGAAGAGAUCCCACAUAAAUAAGCACUGCCUGGAGCAGCAGCUUUGCCUUCUUGUCUUUUGUUGUUUCUUCCCCGAACCACCCUGUACAUCACAGCCAGGUCUACCACAAAUAGAGCAGCAGCUGAUGGCUUCUCUGCUGUGUGUGGAGGGAGGGCUCGGCUGCAGAGCUGUGUUGUGUCAGCUGUCAGGUGCUACAGCCCACCCAGAGUACACAGAUAUAGCACUUUAAGGGACAAAGGAGGAAGAGCAGAAAGAACUCUCUUUGCUUUCCAGGGGCCAUCUUUUUCUUUCCUUAAAUCCUUUCUGCUUUAACCUUCUGAGGUUUAUGCAUUCCAGAGAGGUCACGCCAAGCCAAAGAGAACAAAUUCAUAGAUUGUCCCAACCUACCCAAAGGGCCUAAAAGCUUCUCUGAACAAAACGCAAGACAGCUGAGACGUAUGAACGGGGCUCACAGCAAAGUGUGAUCAAUGGCUGUUGAGGCUGGGGCACUCAGAAACUGCCCUUCUAUUUUUGUAGUUUUGCUUCCUUCUACCCACCCUCUCUCCCCAUGCUGUAAGUAGGGGAGUUAGUAUCUUGACCUUCUAAAUGCAAAAGGAGAUUUUAUAAUCAUCCAUGCUCCCUGUAAAUACAUUACUGAGGUUUGCGUUUUUAGUUUUGGAGGUAUGAAACAGUGGAGUAGACCAGGUCGAAAGAUGUGUGGGGACAUAUGUUUAUAUUUAUUUGUUUGGGGUUUUUUUGUUUGGUUGGUGUGGCUGGGUUUUUUGUAACAGACCUAUCCUGGACAAUGUUUUUGAAUCUGUUUCUCUUUAGCAAGUAAUUGCCAUUGAAUUUAGUGAUCUGAUAAUUGAGUCAAAAAUCUGAGGCUACAGUACCAUUUGUCUUUCCUCUCUGGCCUCCUUUUUGUCGUCUUUCUCCUUCUAAGUUGGACUCUGUCUUUUCCUAAGGACUUAAUAUAACACAGAUUAAUGAAAAACUGCCCUAAAACUUCAGUGAGAGCCAAGGAGAUGCAGAAUUUUUCCAGGACAUCUUGAACCAAUACAAAAUUUAUGUCUUGAUAAGAAAGUAAUUUUUAUGUAGUAAUCUGAUCAAUGAAAACUAUCGGAAGUCAAAAAUGAUAUUCCAGCUUUCUGUACUCAGACUCAUGCCUUCAGUAAGCAACACUUCACUUUCUUUCACGUCCUUUCAUUCAACUGGAAUAUGAAUGUUCAGCUGACUCGUGGUGUGAAGUGUCUGUUAAUAAUGCAUAAUUUAAAGCACGAAGUCUACACAAAUCAAUUUAGGAAAACCUUCACUCAUUAGAUUCCAUGAAGUACCUGUGAAAAUCUCAGCAUUGCUACAAGCAUUUAAUUUUUUUAAAAAGAAACUUCCUGUCUAAUGGAACCUGAACUGAGGAUUUGCUUUAAUUUCACUCUAUUCUUCCCAUGUUCCCUUAUUAUACGUUAUCUCUAAUUUAAAAAGAAUCUAUACUUUUUUUCAAUCCAAGAAGUUGAAUUUUCAUGGUCUAAGUUUCCUUGUGUCACCUUCACUUUGUGCAAAUUUAACCCAGUCAUAGAUCAAAUAACCACAAGCCAACACUUAGGAUCAUCUCCCAGAUAUAUUCUCCAACCCAGCACUGGAGAGCUGAAUGAAGCUUUUCUUUCUCUUUUUCUCCUACAAGUUUGUCAGAGAUAAGAAUGGAGUGCUGUCUACACUCUACAACCAGAUCCUAGAAUUCACACCAGGUUGUGCCGCUUCCUCUUUAGUCCACUCAAAGGAUGGCCCUCAAAAUGAAAAGGAAACCAUUCAAAUACGCCAAAUCUGAAUUUGACUUACUUGAUGACCCAAUAGUUUUCUUUCCAGCAUUCUGACUGUUUUAACAGCAAUGCCCUGUAUGGCACAGGAGCUACCACUUUAAAGCAAAUCUGUUAAACAUUUUAUAAGGGACGAGCAGGAAAAACACACUCCAAAAUUCUAAAGUGCCAUUCUCAAUUUUUAAAAAUAAAGGUAACAUGAACUGAGGGCUAAACGCUAUAACUACCAGUUAAGGUGGACCGUAGUUGUCGUCUUAGUUACAUUUGAUAUGGAGUUGUACAAUGUUAAGCAGAUCCCAGGGGAGUUAGUAAGAACAUAGGUAUUACGUUUUAAUGGCUACCAAUUGGGAUAGAUACUUAGCCUGCAGGCUGACCUUUAGUCACUGUUUUUCUAUCCUGGUGUUUUGUGAACAAGUCCAAAUUUAUACAAAGUCACCCUAAGUGCUGUAAUUGCAGAGGAACUUGCCUCUUGGUGAUAUUAGAGGGCAGUCCAACUCCACUCAAACUGAGUCCAAGAUUUGAAUUCACCCAGAAAAACAAAUGGAGGAGAAAAGCCUAAUGCACCAGAUGUGUUUGGCAUUUCAUAGCUGGGACAAUGGAGUAGAGAGUAGGAAGACAAGCUGUAGAGCAAAGGCAAAGUGAGGUAGAAAACGUCAGCAGGUCCCACAAGAGGACAGACUUUGAGAUGUGUAAACUUGGAUCCUCUUUUUCACUUAGGUUAUGGGUAAACUUCUCAGCACAAGAUGGGAUUCAGAGAACUUCUUUCUGUUAAACUCACCUAGGGUGGUGGAUUUCAAGGCCUCAGAGGAUUGAUAGGUUCCCAAAAUUCUCUUUCCAGACCUGGGAGAUGGAAAGAAAGAGGUUCUUGCUUUAAAGCGGCUUGAAGACAAUCUUUAUGACUUCAGCAACUCUUCAACAUAGUAGCACCAAUGAUGGAGAGAUUAUAUUAACUUCCUACUGGUGAGAACAACAUGGGAGGGGAGAAGGGCCAGUGAGUGAGACGGUGAUGAGCUUCAUCAGGAACAGAUUUCAGACUCUGCAGGGUGUACCGGUUCUAGCCUCAAAUAACAACAGUGCAAGGAGGUGGACUCUAGGGUCCACACCCUCUGUCCUUCAGGGCCCAUGAUCAGGCCAUUCCCUCUUUGUUUUGCUCCUAGAGGAUGAGCAUGUAAGAUGAGAUCAGGAGGGAAAUUGGGUGCUCUGCCUCAGGCUGUUAAAAUGCUGCUACCUGCAUUCUAAAAUGUGCAAGUCAUGCCCCACAAGACACCUCCUUAGGGGCAGCAUCCACUGUGGUGUGCCAGCCUGACACCCCUGCAGUCUCGGUGUUUGAAUGGCAGCUGAUGCUGGCCCACCCAGAGUAUCGGUGCAUCUCUCCUAAAGCCACAGUUCAGCACUGCAUGUUGACCAGGCGGAUAUCCUGUAAUAUAGAUGCUCGUUUGGAUCCAAAAGGAAAACCAUUAAAAAUAAAAGAAAGAUGAAAAACUUUAAUGUUUUUGGGGGGAUAAGAGAAAAGAAUCAAUAAAACCUUGUUGUAAAGAA